CCUCCUUUACAGGGCACUGUUUCCCCACCAAGGCCUCGAGGUGCUGGCGGCUCUAGAGGACGAAGACAUGGCCAGGGGCCCUGACAACACGCUGAAGUGGGCAACCCUGCUGGUGCUGGCCGCCCUGGGCAUAGCUGUGACAGCGGCCACCAACCCUGGCAUCGUGGCCAGGAUCACCCAGAAGGGCCUGGACUAUGCCUCCCAGCAGGGCGUGGCCGUGCUGAAGAAGGAGUUGGAGAAGAUACAGAUUCCUGAUCAAUCAGGAAGCUUUAAGAUCAAGAUUUUGGGGAAAGGGCAUUACAGCUUCUACAGCAUGGAUGUCCGUGGAUUCCAGAUUCCCACUUCCCAGAUAAAACUAUUGCCCAAUGAGGGCCUUAGUCUUUCCAUCAGAAACGCCAACGCCAAGAUCAGUGGAAAAUGGAAGGCACGAAAGAGUUUCAUCAAAACCAGCGGCAACUUUGAGCUGAGCGUGGAGGGCGUCUCCAUCUCUGUGGGGCUGAAGCUCGGCCUUGAUCCCGCCUCGGGCCACAUGACCGCCUCCAGCUCCAGCUGCACCAACCGCAUCGACCGCGUCCACCUGCGCACGUCGGGCAGCAGCCUGGGGUGGCUGAUCAAACUCUUCCACAAAAAUAUCGAGUCUUCGCUCCGCAACUCCAUGACCAACAAGAUCUGUGAGGUAGUGACCCGAACUGUGUCCUCCAAGCUGCAGCCUUAUUUGCAAACACUGCCAGUGACAGCCAAAAUAGACAAAGUGGCUGGGAUCGACUACUCGCUGGUGGCACCUCCAAAAGCCACGGCUGAGAGCCUGGAUGGGCAGCUGAAGGGGGAGUUUUUCAAUCUGGCCCACCACGACCCCCCACCCUUCGCUCCUCCUCUGCUGGCCUUUCCCGCUGACCACGACCGCAUGGUGUACCUGGGCCUCUCCGACUACUUCUUCAACACAGCCGGGCUGGUGUACCACAAGGCAGGAAUCCUGAGAAUGACCCUCAAGGACGACAUGAUUCCAAAGGAAUCCAGUUUCCGACUGACAACCAAAUUCUUUGGAAGCUUCCUGCCCCAGGUUGCCAAAAGUUUCCCCAACAUGAAGGUGCAGUUCGUCAUCGGGGCCGCCUCCCCGCCACACCUCACCAUGAGCCCUGCUGGCCUUGUCCUCACCCCUUCCGUGGACGCCCAGGCCUACGCCGUCUUCCCCAACUCCUCUCUGGCCCCACUCUUCCUGCUGGAGAUGAACACGAAAAUUUCCGUGAAUGUCAGCGUCAAGUCCAACAGGUUUGUUGGAGAGAUCAAGAUGGACAAGCUGCUCCUGGAACUGAAGCACUCCAGCAUUGGCUCCUUCCCGGUUGAGUUACUGCAGGACAUCAUGAACUAUGCCAUACCCACUGUUGUGCUUCCCAAGGUCAACGAGAGGCUGCAGGAAGGCUUCCCUCUCCCGCUGCUCAAGCACCUCCAGGUCUUCAACCUGGUGCUUCAGUCUCACCAGAAUUUCCUGCUGGUCGGCGCGGAUGUUCGCUGCAGCUGA